AUGACGACGACACCUCCAACAAGUCCGACACUAGUUUUGCAGCAAUGUAGGGAAGAUGUAGCUGCUCGUAAUAGACGUGACGAGUUAGUGCAAUGUGUUCCGACGAAGAAAGGUCAUCUUUUGCUGUACAAAGGCUACACUUAUGUUUUUAAAAGUAGAUUACAGUGCGGAGCGGAGCAGUGGUAUUGCUCAUAUCGGCAGAAAACGGGUUGUAUAUCUGUUAUCAAUAUGCAGACAUAUGGCGUGCAGGUGCAUAAUAAUACUCUUAAUAACAAUACACUAGGUGGCAAUAAAAACAUUGUGACAACUGACAAAUUAUAA